GUGGGUCAUGACUGGUACCCCUACCCCAACCACCUCCGCCGACGCCGCCUUGAGAAACCUGAGUAACCUGCUCAAUCUCCUGAGGGAGAAGGAGUACAGCCCGGAAUGGCGAAGGAACGUCCGGGGCCCCUUUAUCGCCAACAAGCCGGAGGGUCGCGAGCGGCUAAGGAGGCUGCUGUCGGAGGUGAUGAUUCGACAUACGAAGGCCGAUCUACUCAGCAUUCCCCCGCCAGUGCGAGAAAGCGCGUUGCUCAACAUGUCCCAGCAGGAGACGCUGGCGUACGACACCAUCGUGUCCUUUGUCAGGUCUAACUUGCUGCUGACCUCCAUGGAGGGAAAGACUUCUGGGUGGCAGGACUCGCUUCUCAACCCCGCCAACACCAAGUACGCGAUGGAGGCCCUGACCAACAUCCGCCUGUCGUGCUGCGGAGGAGGAACCCUCAUCCCCAUGGUGAAAGGCAUACACCAGGUGGAGACCCUGGACAUGCUGAGGGACCUGCACGACGCCAGCGCGGUGGAUCUACGUCGCAUAGACAACUUCAUAACCAGGGCUACCAUGGGAGAGGUUUCUAGUUGCCAGAUCUGCGUGGACUGCGUGGAUUGCGUCAACAACACCUGCAGGGUCUGUGGAAGCCGAUACGACGUAGACGAUUUCCAGCGCUUACAACCGGGUUUCGAGCUGAAGUGGAUGUACAACAUCCGCGAGCAAAAGCGGCUGCAUCAGCAGAGGAGGGCGGCCGCGAGGCUUGCGCGCCGAGGGGCUGCGGGCAACAACCAGGCGAACUCGACGCCGGCAAGCCCUUCUCCUCCAGACGUCGCUACCGUCCACCAAGCGUUGUCACCCCACCCGGAAGGUGGCGGGGCAUCGAGAGGAACGGGAGGGGGGGGAUCGUCCGGCCCGUCUCCUCCGGGGGCUGGUAGUCCGGCGUCCCCCGGUGGCGGGGGCGGGUUGGAGGUUGAAGCGGAUGGGGAGGAGCUAGAGAUGCACAGCAAGGCGUUUUAUGCAAUUGAGCAGCUCAAGGGUAUUCGGGACAAGGCCAAGUCAUCGAACAGGCGACGGGGAGACUAUCGUCCGUUGAAGGCGAUCGUGUUCUCGCAGUUUCUUCCAGUCCUCAAUAUCGUGGGAGACAAGUUUCUCCGAGAGUUGGGCGGUUUUCCCGAAGAAGGCUGGCAGAGAAGAGGAGAGAAGUGCGUCGCGGAGUUCUGGGGCAAGAACAGGGCCAAGGAACUCGAGAGGUUUCGCACCGACCCCGAGUGCUUCGUGUUGCUGCUGGGCAAAAGGGGGGCCCAUGGCCUUGACCUCAGCUUCGUGACGCACAUGUUCUUGAUGGACCAGAUCUGGGACCGUUCUUUGGAAACACAGGUGGUUGCUCGCGCAAACCGCAUGGGCGCUAAGGGCUCGGUCUCUGUGGUGCAGCUCAUCAUGAAGGACACGAUGGAACAGGAGCUCCGUUCCUACGUCAACAGCGACAAGACUCGGAACGCCGCCCCCACCGCUACCCCGGGGUCUCGUUGGGGUUCGCUUUCUCCGUCUCACGGUAGCCCCGACGGUCAUACCGCUCAUCCUUCUUCCCCUCUGCGUGGGGCUCGUGCCGCGGGCGGCGUUGAUGACCGUUUUCCAGCCAAUGGGGGGGUGGGCGGAUCAACCCCGACGCCCCCGAGAAAAAAGCCUCGAGAAAAGAGCCCGUGGGAGGGGAGGGGAAGGAAACGUCCCCGGUCCGGCGGCAGCGGCAAGAGGGUUACCGGCGGCGGCGGGUUGUCGGCGUCGUCACGUCAAGAGCACGCCAAGGUGCACUUCCUGUUGACGAGCUUGAGGCCGUCGAAGGCGGCCGCUGCUCAGGGGGGUGACGGUGGUGAGAAGGACAAGGAGAAGCCGCGGGGAGGCGAGGAGGAGGAGGAAGAGGAGGAUGGCGAGGGAGACGCGGGUGCGUUGUCGUCGGCACGCCAAGGGAACGUUAAGGGGAAAGGCAAGGGCAAGGGCAAGGGCAAAAAGGCUGUCAGGAGAGGGGUAACUUUCGCCGAAGACGUCGUGGUUGUCCAAGACAAGGCUGUUGCUGCCGUGGAGGACCCGCGGUGGCGAGGAGAGGCGGCGGCAGGAGGCGGAGGAGCGAGCGCCGCAAGCCCCGACCGCGUCAUCGGCUGGUCGCCCUAGUUGUAUGGAGUGCUCGUCUAAGCCUAGCCUUGGUUUGAAGGUUUCUUUGGUUGAAAUGGCGGCGGCGGCAUGGUAAAGUGUACAUCUCUGUACGCGUAGCCUUGAUUUUGAAGGUUUUGAAACGGCGGUGGCAGCGGGCUUUCCCCCUCAAAACUGCAGCGUUUGACGUCACCACCGGAAUGGGAAUACCGUAGGAGAAUCUCACGGUAUUUGCAUGUGUGGGAUUUGAGCGAGUGAAGCGGGUGAGCCAUUUUCGGUGGGAUGGUCUUCGACAAGUCGGAACCCAAAGGGAGAGGGCGUGGUAGCUUAUGCCUACCAAUAUUUAUGUGAAGACCGUUUGGGCCUACGAGGAUCCAGCCUUGUGUUGCGGGAGUUUGCGUCAGGCUUGACGAAGCACGUGUAUCAGAGAAGCACGCGCCCACCUGUAGUACCACGGAGUAGAAACCAGACUGUUAUUAUUUUAGCCGCACGCGCUCCUGGUUUGAGGUACAGUAGCGGCUACGAUUUAAGGAGGAAUUUUUAAGAGCAGGUACGGGUUUAAGAGAGGGAAAUCGCUUGGCACGACCAAAAUCGAUUUGUGAGAAAUUUGGCAUAUUUCUGAGAUUUUAUCUUGAAUCGAGCUGCUGGAGGCCACGUCACGUAGCCAUCACACACAUCCCACAGCUCUCAGCACAGACACAGCUGCAGACGCCAUGCCCUGCGCAGCGGGCGACCGCUGCACUAUGCCCGACGACACGCCAGGCUCGCCUCAUUUCACAAUACACAAAUGCAGAGGCGUCUGCGGGCAGUACCUCCAUGGUAUCUGUGGUGUGGUGGACCCGCUCGGCACCACUGAGGUGCUCCGCAUCUGCCACACCUGUGCGGCCUCCCGCGAGCGCGAGACUUCAGGCGCGGGGACUGCUGGGGCGCAGCCAGAGAAGAGCGGCUCUUCGGGGGCCAAAGACGUCGAUCUGGUGGAGCAAGGCGAAGCGGGACAGCAAUCGUUAGCGGCAGCGGCCUCGCAUUCGCCGCCGUACGCUAACGGAGCACAACACUUUUGUGAACUCGAGGACAUUGCCGAGAAGUGCGACAUGCCAGAAGCGUCUUACCACCUCCGCAAGGCUAAGCUAGCUUGGAUGAGUGGCCACGGGGCGGGGCCAACCAAGCAGACGUGUAUCCAAGACUACGGUUGCAGCAGACGUACUCUAGUGCUGAGGAUGACAGGCUUCGAGGGGUGCUUUGAUUUUCUGUGCCAAAAUUGUUUUGUAGCGCGUACGAUAUUUUCAUACAGUACUACUGCUGUACGUGAUGUAAAGCGUGUUUCGUUCCAUGGCUCGUUUUUGGCACGAAGGCUGUGGGUGGUGUGUGCUCGUGC